AUGACGACGCAGAGUCUGCUGUCACGCAGGAUCUUGUCCUAUAUCCAUUCGCCAGACCUUCGCACGCGGACUCUCAUCACUCACAUCAAAUGCCGGCCUUGCGUCAAGUCUCAGAUCCAGCUCAACUCCCAAGCACGAUUUGCUAGUCGUAAACCAUCAAGCUCGAGUCCAACUGUUUCCAAGAAAGUCGCUCGGGGCGACCCGCUUGUAGAUAGGGAGCCCAAAAAGCCCAUAUUUCCUGAAAGAUUACUCAUAUAUCAUGCAGGUACUAUGAGAAUCGUCAAUCUGGCUGGUAUAAAAGUCGUCACAAUCUUUGUUUUUGCAUUUUUCACCAUAUAUGCUGGGCCGCAAUUCCUCUAUUCUAAGGAAGACCCGUCUUGGGUUACCGCUGUAGUUAUGCUUUCUGGAAUCCUUCCCGUGGCAAUCGUCACUUACAUGUCUGGACCAUUCGUGAAUUUUAUUCAUCUUCGAUUGCCAUCAUACGCCCGAGCAUCUACGGAAAUCAUGUUUCGGUAUUCAAAAGCUCUCCCUAAGGAUGCCGAACUUGAUAUCACCACUAUGAACUUCUUGGGAAAAGUUCAAGUUUCUCGGAUGAGAGUCGCUGAACUUUAUCCCGUCAAAGAGAGAAUGGGAUUAGCUAAUUAUGCGCGAGAUACGACAGCCAUCAACGCCAGGCGGGCCUGGUGGAAAGGGAAAGUCGUUCGUCAAUUCGGAGUUCAUGCCGGAAGGAGUAAAAUCUGGGGAGGCGAGGUGUGGAAAAACGUUGCCAGUGCCAUCUCACGAAAUUCGAAAUUGAAGUAG